GUCGGAGCUUUACAGAGGUGCGCUCACAUGUCACUCACCAAAUGAGUUUAUUAAACGCUGACAGCGGCCGUGUCGCUCCUGUCAGGCGCAUUCAAGCUCGGUGCGUUUCUCACCCACAGCGUCGCUUCUGGAAGCUGAAUGUGUGUUUUUCCUGCACUUUGGUCGUCUGAAGUUGUUCAAACGGGGAGAGCAAGGUGUCUGGAAGGAGAGGGAGGAUUUUUUUUUUCUGUCUUUUUUUUUUUCUUCUUUUUUUUCUUGAACCGGUUCGCUGCCGGUGUCGCCGAGGUACGACUGCUGCCAUGUACAGUGAGGAGACAUCUGUACAUGUUGUCUGACAGAGAGGAGAGAGCGACGCUUAUGCUACUCCUCAUCCUCCUCCUCGCUGGAUAUCUAUGGAGAGGGUCUCCUGCUGCCUGCUCUGGAGUUACUUGCGGCCGAGGCAACACCGCGAGUGUUGAAUUCACCGACCUGGAUAGCAAGAGAGGACACACUUAACCUCAUUUGAAUGCCUUUGCAAGGAGUUUGCUGGUUUCUGUGCUGCAGGCAGGGCUUCAGUUUGCUUGGACGGGACUAUGGGGAGAAAGAGGAGGAAGAGUCUUUUGAAUUGCGCAACAAGGAGGACUUGACUCCCAAUGGACGGAGUCCAGCCGAGGUGACUGUUUCUCAACCAACUCGCACAGCCAAUGGAACAAAUGGGCACACUGUCUCAGACGUGUCUGAAGAGAUGAAGAGCCUGAUCAUUGAGAAGAAUAAAAUGGGCCUGGAGGACGAGCCUGAGCUGCUGGUCAAAGGGUGGCUGCUGCGGGAGGUGCGAGGCAACUGGAUCAAGCAGCGUCGAUACUGGUUUGUGCUGAGCCAGGACUCCCUCGACUACUACAGCGGCCCGGAGAAAGGAGCACGCAGACUGGGCACGCUGGUCCUCACCAACCUCUGCUCCGUCAUCUGGCCAGACAAGCAGACAUACAAGGAGACCGGCUACUGGAGCAUCACAGUAUAUGGGCGGAAGCACUGUUACAGGCUGUACACCAAGCAUUUCAACGAGGCUGUGCACUGGGCAUGUGCCAUCCAGAAGAUCAUUGAUACCAAAGCACCAGUGGAAACACCAACGCAGCUCCUGAUUCGAGACAUCGAGGAGAAUAAGUUCCACCCUGAGGUGGUGGAGCACAUCUACCAGCACAAUCCCAUCCUGAAGUACACCCAAGGCCCACUGUACGCCCCUCUGCUGCCCUUCCCCUAUGGCAGCCUGGAGCACACAUACCACAGCGGGAAAGGCUACGGUUCGGUGCGCGAGGAGGCUGUGAAGCUCUUCAACUGCCUGCAGCAGCUGGAGUCGGCACGGGAGCCGGUUCCUAUCAUCCAGGGCGUGCUGCAGACCUGCUUGGACCUGCGGCCCCUCCGUGACGAGGUCUACUGCCAGCUAGUGAAGCAGACCAGCUACACGCCCGCCCCGUACACUGCCGCACACCUCCGCUACUGGCAGCUUCUCACCUGCAUGAGUUGCACCUUCCUGCCCGGGGCUGUCGUGCUCAAGUACCUGCGAUUCCACCUCAAGAGGAUCCAGAGCCAGAGCCCCGAGUCUGAGAUGGAUAACUAUGCGUCAUUCAUCAGCGAGGCUCUGGAGAAGACCAAGUGUCGGGAGUGUGUGCCAUCCUGGGAGGAGAUCCAGAUGCUGAUGAGUCGACAGGAGAUGCUGUGCACUGUGCACUAUCCAGGCCCUGGAUCCUGCCAGCUCUACAUCAGCUCACACACCACUGCCAAUGAGGUGGUUCGACGGAUGCAGGAGAAGCUCAGCCUACAAGACAGCAAAAACACGUUUGCACUGUUCGAGCAGAACUCGCUGUGGGAGCAGCCGGUGGCAGGCAGUGCUCUGAUCGCAGACAUCCUGACGAGCCUCUCCACCAAGGAGUCAGAGUCUAAAUCCCAAUGGAAACUGUGUUUCAAGCUCUACUGCCUGUUGGACGCUGACAGCAUAUCAGUGGACAGCAUUGAGUAUCUCCUCCUCUUUGAGCAGUGUCAUGAGAUGGUGGUGCGUGGCCAGCUGCCAGCCUGUGAAGAGGACCUGCAGGCCUUAGCUGCCCUGAGGCUUCAGUGUCUGAUGGGGGACUUCAGCACACAUGCGCCCUGCCCACCUCUGGAUGAGCUUUUUCCAGGUCACAUGCUGGAAGCUCGAAUCCUCAUGUCCCUCACCGCACCCCAAGCCCUGCCUCCGUGUCAGGUGGCGGCUCAGGGCUGCCCCGCAACGCAGCGCUUCCCCUCGGGCCUCCUCGCGGGGACGCUGUGGAGUCACACAGCAACAGCAGCACACAAGCAAAAGGUGGAGCAGGAUAUGCGCCUGCGGAGCCGGCUGAAGGAGGAGGCAGCAGCCGUCAUGGGAUCCAUCUUGGAGCGUUGGAAAGGUCUGGCCGGCUACAGCCGCAGGGACAGUAUGGCUGCCUACCUCACAAUUGCACGCCAGUGGUCGGGCUUUGGAUGCACUCUGUAUGAAGUGGACUUUUAUAUUAGUUCAUCGGGAAGUUUUUCCCAGAAGUUGUGGUUGGGUGUAGCUGCUACAUCCGUGUCUCUGUAUCGACAGGGAGAGGCAGAAGCCCUGGAGUCCUUCCCGUACGGCCAGAUCUGUUCCUACGGUGUGUCGGACAGCAACACCUUCAAGAUCACUGCAGGGGAUCGGGAUCUGCUGUUCGAAACUACCAAGCUGACUGAGAUCAUGCAGCUGAUGAAUGCGUAUUUCAGUGCCAUCCGUCGCCAGCGAGGGAAAGGGGAAGAUGUGGACACUACCAUAACAGAAAGCACAGAGGUGGGAUUCCAUCACCUGGCCUCCACGCUGACGCCCACCCUCCUGGAGCUGCCCUCACAUCCCGUUUGAGAUGGACACCCCCCCACAACCCCCCACCGUCCUCCUCCACGUGGCCCCUGCGAGGCCCAGCCCCAGUCCUCAGGACACCACGCCUCCUCCACUGGGAACGGCACGGCAGCCAAAACAAAGAGAGCGCUGUUUUCACUCCCCAUCCGUGAAAAUAAACCCUUGCUGAGCUUUCCAGCUGAAGGAGCUGGCUGAUGGAGGAGGGUGGGAGUGGGGACGGGAAGGCAAGGGGGCUCUGUUUUGCAAGUGAGGCCAGAAACCCACAGAAACCAGUGCGGUUGCUGAUGAGCUGUCACACACCCUCCACCCCAUCCUGUCACGCGACCACCUCUGUUACCCUACAUGGCAACAACGCCCCCACCCCACCCCUCGACCCCUCCCUUGACAAUGUGAGACGUUGCUACAUCAGGGAGAGAUGGCAUCAAAAGAGUUUGGACUUAUGGCAACAAUAAGCUGUGGUACUCCCCUCGUGAAGGUUUGGCUCAGUGAAAACACUACUCUCUCUCUCUCUCGCUCUCUCUCUUUCGAAAGUGUGCCAUAUUUGUAUUGCCUUUUCCUAGAAGGCAGUCGUCCCUCAAGCACUGCUGGAAUAGUGUUGAGAACUUUCUGUGACACACACCCUCCCUCGUCUUUGGCUCCCUCUCCCUCGCUCUGUCUCUUUCACACACACACACACACACACACACACUCACACACACACAUACACACUCUCUCACGUGCCCUUCUGCUGACAUGUUCAUCGGAGACAGUCAGUUUUCAUAAGGUCCCCGCCAGGCUUGCGUUACCUGGAACUGUUGAUGCAGUGAGCCAUGUGAACUUGGAACUGGAAACAGAUGUUGAACACUGUUGCUAAGUCACUUUGGCUGCCACGGCCAUAUAGACUCUUACCUAUGGGAUUAUCAGUGUGUGUGUGUGUGUGUGUGUGUGUGUGUCUGUGCGUGCGAGUACAGUAUGAGCGUCUGUUUGAUCAAGGAAACCAUUUUCUGGAUGACAUUCGGGAUCUGAGUUGAUUGCGUUUCACAUAAACCAAAGGAGUUUCCACCAAAUGCUCUCUCGCGUCCUUUGUUGUGCUGCUUGUCUUGGCUGUGAUCCUCGACACGAAAACUUGGUUAACACUUGACCGAUUUGAUCAUUUUUCGCUUAUGUCAGUUAUUACCCUAAUGCAGCUCUGCUCUGCAGAAAAAUAACAGGUGCUUCUCUGUUUAUUAUUGUUAUUUUCACAAUGUAUAUAUAAUGGAAGAAAUUAAGAGUUCACAUAACCCCCCCGUCAGAGAUCUGUAUCAUUUAGGAAGACAUAUUUACCACCUGCCCCGUUAUUUAAACAGAAACCCUUUUAAUCAGGCCUUGGAUGCUUUUUGUAGUAUUAUUUAUGCAAACUUUGCUUUUUUUUGUUUGUUUUUUUUACUGUUCUUUGUCUUAAAUGCAGACCCAGAUGUGUUGUCAUCCAACCAGAUGCCCUACAUGCUUUUGGUUCUGCUCCUUAAAGCAGCUCAGACGUGUAAAUCCUGUGUAGCUCCUUCUUUGUGUUCACUGUUUGAGUAUUCUUGUGAAGCCAAAGUUCGCCAAGUCAUUGAGCAUGGACCAAAGAUGUGUUGUUUUUUCUUUUUUUUUGAUAAGCUUUUAUAAGAAGAAAUUAUCCCAAAGCAGACAGAUCCCCGAGUUUAUCUUUCUUGUCGUCACAUUUACCAAUUUUUCUUUAAACUUGAAUGUCAGACAAAUAUGAAGACAUCCUGUUGUAUACAUCAUACAUCUAAUUUUAAUGUAGUAGAUGACCUUUUAGGAAUCUGAGACCUUAGAUAGGCUUUGUACAUAUAAUUUGUAGAGUACUGUCUGCUACACAAUCCCAUGCAAUAACCACCCUCAAGACUUAAAUCGUCUCACCAUGAAAGGCCUUGACGAGUCGUUGCACAGUCAGCCCUGUCACCUGCUCAGAAGCAGGUUUUUGCUUUUUCUACUGCAGCUGCAGGCAGCUCCGAGCUACAUGUAUGAAAAGAAAAAAAAAAUCAAACCGCGGAUGUUGUUGCUUUGUAUUACGCUUGUUUGUAAGCUGCAUGGUACCUUUUUAUGUAAUGUGUGUAUAGUUAAUUGCACUAUUGUUUGUUUUUAACUAACUUGGAAGUGCAAUAAAAACUAUAAAUACUGUAUGUAAUUAAUAAAAAACAGCACCAUUUUACCAUA